CGUUGGUUCUGUAGCUGCUUCCGGGAAGAUGGCGGCCUGGAGAGCGGCGCUGGCUGCCGGUGCCCGGCGUUCGCUGAGGGGCAGCGUCUCCGGGCUGCGGGCCCCCGGGAGCCAGCAGCGGUGUCCGGGUCUGUGGGCUGCAGGUGCCACCCUACUUGCAGGAGGCUCCUUGGCAGCGGGUUACAGCGGCUGGUGCGGACGGGCAGCGCCCGGUGGGUUCCUGACGGUGCUGGCUCAGAUAGAGCCCUCCUGGAAGAGCCUCCAUUGCUUAAUUCAUCUGAGGUCAAGCAGAAGGAAGAUGUCGCUAAUGAGGAGAUGGCAGAAAAACUGUCUAUUCGAAAACAGCGCUUUAUGAAGUUUGCAUCCUUGGAAUAUGAUGGAGAAUAUUACAUGACACCUAGAGACUUCCUGUUCUCAGUAAUGUUUGAUCAAGUCGGCCGUACAGCAUUGGCCAAGAAACUGACAAAAAAGGAGGCAGAGGCUACAUUGGUAAAUGUUACAAAGGCUGAGCCAGGACCAACCUUUUUUAGAGACCUCGGCGAUAAAGGACUGAUCUCAUAUACCGAGUACCUCUUUUUGCUGACAAUCCUCACAAAACCACAAACUGGAUUUCAUAUUGCUUUUAAAAUGUUGGAUGCAGAUGGCAAUGAACAAGUUGAAAAAAAGGAGUUCUUUAAGCUUCAGAAAAUCAUUGGGAAGCAAGAUGACGGGAGAAAAGCUUCUGGACAUGAAACAGUGUCACAGGAACCAGAAUUGGAAGACUCCGCUGUUAAUACAACAUUGCUGGUGCACUUCUUUGGAAGAGCAGGAAAGGAGAAGCUUCGCUAUUCUGAGUUUUGCAGAUUUAUGGAAAAUUUACAAACAGAGGUGCAAGAAAUGGAAUUCAUACAGUUUUCAAGGGGUCUGAACUUCAUGAGAAAAGAGGACUUUGCAGAAUGGUUAUUGUAUUUCACUGAUGAGGAAAACAAUGAAAUUUACUGGCAAAAUGUGAAAGAGAGAAUCCAAGCAGGAGAGAAUAUCAGCUUGGAUGAAUUCAAGACAUUUUGCCAGUUUACAAAUCGCUUAGAAGACUUUUCUAUUGCCAUGCAAAUGUUUACUGUAGCUAAUCGUCCUGUUAAAUUGGCUGAGUUCAAGAGAGCUGUGAAAGUGGCAACAGGACAGGAGCUCUCAGACAAUGUUUUGGACACAGUCUUCAAGAUCUUUGAUUUAGAUGGAGAUAAUUGCCUCAGCCAUGGAGAGUUUCUGGGAGUAUUAAAGAACAGGAUGUAUCGAGGCUUAAGGGUACCACAACAGCAAGGGGUACAAGGAUACUGGAAGUGUGUGAAAAGAGAAAGCAUUAAAGGAGCAAAAGAAGUCUGGAAGCAAACUGGGAAAAGCCCUUUCUAAAUAAGUUACUUGUUCUUUUAUUACUAUAAAUGUCAGAGGUUGGGGUUUUCAUGUAUUUUUGUUUAUAUGCUGGCUAAAUCAUAUGCAAAUUUUUAUGCAACUUAAAUAUUUUAUGAAUCCAAUUUCUGAUACAAUAAUUUUACAAUGUUUAUCAGUGUAAUCAGGUUUGCCUGUGGAACUGUUAUGACAAAAGUAUACUCAUUCCAGGAAAUGCUAAAGUUUACAAAAAUGGACAUCAGCAGAAUUCUUGUGUGGGGACUGGCCUUGCUCUCUAGCAUGUUGGAUACCUGAGUUUUAGUACUGGUCACUUGCUGAGUGUGCUGCAGAAAUAGCAUUUAUAACCUGAGAAUGGAAGACCAGUAAUACAGCAAUAUAGUCCAACCCAAAAUGUACCUACCACUUUUCCUUUAUAGGGAUUGGGGGUUACAAAGGCACAGACUACCUGCACAAUCCCUAAGAGAUGCAAGAUUUUGGUAUCAAAAAGGAAAGCUUGACUGUAUUGUUUUGUGUGUCAUCACUAUUAUGAACUGCCCGUAAUCCAUAUGAAUGUACUUUUGUUUGCUGUCUUGGUAAUAAGAUUAACAUAUCUCAAUCAAAACUGGAAAUUUAAGACUGUUUACAGAGGCUUUGAAAAUUGUAAACUCUUUGUGAAAGUGAAUAGGCUCCUUAAGACCUCCUCAACAAACAGAAUAAAUUAGAAAAUUGAAGUAAAGACCUUUGUCAUUUUUUAAGAUUGUACUCAGUAUUGCUUGCAGUCGUCUUAAUCAUCUUGCUUUAGUCAUAACUUGGUGGUUCAGUGUUUAACAAACCGAACACUCCCUUUGUCCAUCUUUGUCCUACAAUUAUUUGUAACUGUUUUUUUUAUCUGAACAAAGGUGUCCUAGUGAGACUACAUUAUCUCAGGAGCCCAAGGUUACCAAGGCAGCGUCAUAUAAGUACAGAGAUAAAUAAAAAGUAAAGUAUUUAUUACCCCAGAAUACAAACAACAUAUAAUGAGAUACAAGCCCUUAAAUAGUGACAGAAGGAACAGGUUAAUGUGUAUGUGUAAUAUAUUUUCGGAUGUUUCCUUUAGCUCUGAGACAAGAUUAGCCUUCCUGCCCAGUCCACUGAAGGCUGGAAACUAGUCCUGUUUAUAAAGGCUCCAGGCUUCUCACCCCAUUUCCUAGCUUGUCCCAACCAGAGUAGAAAGUUUAGCCUUCCAAAAUGGCUGCCUUUGUUGUACUAACACUUCCCAGCCUGUCUUGUGAGCAUGUCUCAGAAAAGGCAGGCUGUGAGCAAAUACCUGCCCUCAUUUUAAACAUGACUGUCCACCAGUCUCCAAGUAGUUUUCUCUUCACUGCAUUGGCUUGGAAGCUCCUUUCCUUCCCUGGGCUUACAGAGGAGUUAGCUAUCAGGACCACCCUGAGAUGGAGAACACCAAGGACCCCUAAUAUGAGAUCAUCAAGAUCAUCACUACUCACCCUAGAAGAGAUAAUAGACCAAUACUUAAAGAAACCAUUGCUCAAUGAUGGUGCCCUCCCAGCCUCCCAAACAGUGUUAUUUGCUAAGCAUGCUAACUGAGACGCUAGGGAGAAAACAGCAAUGCCACCUGUCAGCUACCAUUAUCCUGCAUCACUCUGUCAUACUUCUGACUAUGGCAUGGUUAAAGAGAUAACACUUGUACUCCUGUUGUCUAUGGACAUGAAGAGGUCAUCCAGCAGAGCAGCAUCAUACCCUUCCUGCAUGGUCUUUCUUAAGAAUCAGAUACCAAUGACGACUCCUGUUCUGCCUCCAGGAAGCUACAGGGCUGAUAUGAAACACUCGGAAAUGUCUCCGUUCCUUUCUCAGAAACUGAACCCACAGAGUUGUUAUGGACAACAAGAAGAUUUCUGCUUUUAAAUAUUUGGGAGAUGCUCAGAUAUUGUGAUGAUGGGAGGCCAUAACUACCUAAGUGGAAGAUAGCUAACGGGGCAAAGCUAGGGCACUGUUUUGACAGCAGCCAAAAAAAA